CUGAGUGAACCCAUUUUUUGAUAAAUUUCUUCUCCAAUUAUCCCAUUUCUAACUUCUGUUUCUUCAACUCUAUCUUCUUCGCCAAACUUGUCAACAAUUGCACUCAUGAUCUGAUUCAAUCUUUUACUAUUUUCAUCUUCAUCAUAUUGUGCCAUUUGCAAUUACCGCAAGAUGUUACCAAACUUUAAAAUUAUUUACCAAUGUUCAUAUGCUUCUUUUCUUUAUAGUAAUGUAAGAGUGUUGAGUGUUGCGCUCUCAAAUAAUUUUGAGUCUCUGUUGGUAGACAAAUGAAGAGGCAAUGGUACCAAACCUGACUUCCAAUGGCUGCAACCGGAGCAUUAUACCUGAAGAAUUAAAUGCUCUACCAAAUCUAAGGUUCCUUCGUGUUAAAGGCAUUGAUUUUUCUGGCGACUUUGAGAAUCUUGUUUCGAAGUUAUGUUGGCUUUCUUGGAAAGUGACACAUAAUAAAUUUUAUGCCAAGAAUUUUCAUUUUGUUAGCUUAGUCGUGCUAGACCUUUCAAGGAGCAAUAUCGAAAAUGACUGGGGUGGAUGGAGCCAAUUCCAGAUGACCAAGAAAUUGAAAGUUCUGGAUUUAACGAGUUGCAUGAAGUUGACGAGUUCACCCGACUUCUCUAACUUCAUGUCUUUGGAGAUCUUAAUACUUGCUGGGUGUGUCAAGUUGAUCACAAUUGACUGCUCCAUCAGUAAGCUUGAGCUCCUGAAAACUUUGAAUAUCAAGGGUUGUCCGCUUCUCCGGAAGCUGCCCGCUCUGCAUUCUUUGACGCAGAUUGUCAGGGACCGAGAUACUCGACUUAUUGAAAGGCUCCAAAUGCGGCAACAAGAGAGGUUCUUACGGCACUCUGGGGGACGGAUAUGUGGAGGAGCACUAGACGCCACGACGGUUCCGCGAGUACGUGCGUGCCUCCAGCUCCUCCGAACCAAAAGAAGGGGAAAAGAAAAAAAGAUGCUUCUGGAGGCACUUGACAAUCUGAAAUUUUGGUCAAAUAUUACAUUAGGAGUGGACCCUGAAAUCAGUCAAAGCUUCCAAAGUCUAUUGAUCCGUUUGUUUCAUGAAAAACGUGAAGUCCGUGAAAAAUAUUCAGGAAGUCCCCAGAGCCCGGUGCACAUGCCCGGGCUUUAGCUCAGGGUCAUAGAACUCGAAA